GUUCACUACAAAACUUGGAAUUAGAACCUCCACAACAUAAAGAUUAUACUUUGUGCCUCGCUUAUAGUUCUCUUGUUCCCCAUCCCUUGUUCACCUCCACGCUCCCUCCUUCUCCCAUAUACCUUCUCUAGAUGCCUGAAAACGCUCAGCAGGCUCCAGCUGCAGCUGCAGCAUCUUCCAAGUCAAAAAACGGUCAUGCUACAUCCCAAGCUCCGCCUGCACCGAGGAAAGUUAGAUUCAACGUCGGUACUCAGUAUCAGGUGCUCGAUGUCGUUGGCGAGGGCGCGUACGGUAUCGUCUGUUCAGCCGUUCACCGACCCAGUGGCCGUAAGGUUGCAAUCAAGAAGAUCGCACCUUUCGAUCACUCUAUGUUCUGCUUACGGACACUGCGAGAACUAAAACUCCUGAAAUUUCUCAGUGAAGCUGGAGUAAGCGAGAACAUCAUUUCAAUUUUGGACAUCAUCAAGCCUCCAUCCAUAGACGCAUUCAAGGAAGUGUACUUGAUCCAGGAGCUGAUGGAAACAGACAUGCACCGCGUGAUCCGAACGCAAGACCUCUCUGAUGACCAUGCUCAAUAUUUCAUUUAUCAAACGUUGCGCGCACUCAAAGCAUUGCACUCUGCUGAUGUUAUCCACCGUGAUCUCAAACCUUCAAAUCUCCUUCUUAAUGCCAACUGUGAUCUCAAGGUCUGCGAUUUUGGGCUCGCACGAUCAGUAAAGACCGCCGAACCAUCAGGCACAGAGACCGGUUUUAUGACCGAAUAUGUCGCUACGCGGUGGUACCGAGCCCCUGAGAUUAUGCUUACGUUCAAGCAGUAUACCAAAGCAAUUGACGUCUGGUCUGUGGGCUGCAUCUUGGCUGAGAUGCUCUCCGGAAAGCCUCUGUUCCCCGGUAGAGAUUACCACCAUCAGCUCACUUUAAUCUUGGAUGUUCUCGGCACACCAACGCUGGACGAGUUUUACGCCAUCACCACACGUAGAUCGCGAGAUUAUAUUCGCGCUCUUCCUUUCCGCAAACGCCGGCCAUUUGCGCAAAUCUUCCCCAAUGCCAAUCCUUUGGCUGUAGACUUCCUGACGAAGACUCUCACGUUUGAUCCCAAGAAGCGGAUAACAGUCGAAGAGGCUUUGGCUCAUCCAUAUCUUGAGGCAUAUCAUGAUCCCGAUGAUGAACCUGUUGCACCACCGCUCGAUCCGGAGUUCUUCGAAUUUGACCUGCACAAGGACGAUAUCAGCCGUGAACAGCUCAAAGAGCUCCUUUACGAGGAGAUUAUGUCCUUCCGCCCCGCCCCGAUCACGUAACAAACGAUCGCAACCACUUAUUGUCCAUAAAUCAGAGGAUCCAGUGCUGAGUAUCAAAUCAAUUGCGGGAUAGAAAAUGUACGAAUGUUCUUUGGUUUCUUCUAGCUGCUAGCCGUGUACCGCUUUGGUGUAGACAGUACUCAUUCAAUGUUUUGGUGUAUCUUUACAAACGGCAGUUCACGAACACGGAUCUUGUAAUUAUUCGUCCUACAAUUUGUCGCCGCGUCACCCAAUAUCCAAUCUAUGCUAUUGUUUGCUCUAUGAGCGCAUAUACAGACGGACAUCGUUGCUGGGCGCCAAUAGACACGCAAAAGAGGUCAGUAUAGA